AUGCCUAGUAAAAACUUUACUUUUGACAACAUUCCUGAUCUUAGUGGCAAAGUCGCAUUAGUAACAGGCGCAAAUGCAGGGAUAGGAUACAUAACCGCUCGAGAAUUAGCACGCAAAAAAGCACACGUUUUCGUAUGUGCACGCAAUAUUGAAAAAGGCCAGUCCGUCGUGGCAACUAUAAAAGCGGAAACAGGAAACGAGCUGAUCGAGUUUUUGCAGUUGGAUCUAUUGAGUUUGAAGAAUAUUAAAGAGGCCGCCGACAAAUUUAUGGCCAGAGGGCUUGGAUUGCACAUGUUAAUCAAUAAUGCUGGAAUAAUGGCAACCCCAUUUAGUUUGUCAGCAGAUGGUAUUGAAGCCCAAUUUGCCACUAACCACAUAGGUCACUUUUACUUGACUCAGCUCCUCUUACCUGCCCUCGAAAAGUCUGCACCUUCGCGCAUCGUUGUUGUCAGCAGUCUAGCCCAUCGGGCGCUUGCUCCUGGAAAGGGAAUAGAUUUCGAGAACAUUAACACAAAUAAACUCAGUAUAUGGGCUCGAUAUGGACAGUCGAAACUGGCAAAUGUAUUAUUCGCAAACGAACUUGAUCGAAGAGUGAAAGACAAGAAUAUUUACGUAAAUUCUCUUCAUCCUGGUGUAGUAAAAUCCAACCUCAUGCAAGGUCCAAAGCUCUCCUGGGGUAGAUGGAUGGCAGUGUACACUGCUAUUCAAAAUUUCUUUUCUUUAAGCACCGAAGAUGGGGCCUUGACGCAGCUCUACGUUGCCACAAGUCCUGACAUUGAAAAUGAUAAUCUCCGCGGACAACACUUUAUGCCGAUUGGCAAGUUGGGAACAAUGAGUGCUAAGGCAAUGGACAAAAUUUUGGCUAAAGAAUUGUGGGAUUAUUCAGAAAGAAUUAUUAAAGAGAAGGUCGGGGAGUGA